AUGUUCAGGAAUCAAUACGACACCGACGAGACGACGUGGUUGCCCACAGGGCGGCUGUUCCAAGUGGAGUACGCGAUGGAGGUGGUGAAGCAGAAGAGUUCGAGACGAUGGAAGAAAAAACUGGAAAUUGGAGACUGUGGGACUGUCACGGCAGAGGGAAAGCGGGCUGCAGAGGCUGAGGACGAAAGCUCGCGGGGUCUGCUCCCGGCGGUCCUAAUCGCCGGAGGAAGAGGCUGGUCGCAGCGUCUGGUCGUGACAGGGUUCGCCGGAAGCCGCAAUUCACGCGUGAACAAGGGUCGCCGGAAUUCUUCGCGAGAUGGAGGCGGCGCUAGGCAGCGACUCACGGCGUGGGAGGAUAGCGGGUCGUGGCGUUGCUGGGGUCCACGCGGAGGAUACUCGCCGGCGGGAGGCUCGCGGCGCGACGGUCGGGGGUACUGCGCGGCGGAGGGGCUCGCCGGCGAUUGGUCUGCGCGUCGUUCAGAGGAUGGCGGAGGAGGAGAUGACGAGAUGAUGGUGAUGGUGUCGCGGCGCGUCUGGGUGGUCGCAACUUGGAGAUCGACGACGACGGGAAAGAUCAGAGGAGGGGAUGAUGACGAUCGGUGGUGA